CUUCCAAUCUUCUUUAAAUAGCGCUCUUUUCUGGCUUUCUUAUCCUAUCCUCCCCUAAUUUUAGUAAAUCAAGCUCUCUACUUCUUUCUACUUAUUCGUCCUCUUCUCCUCUAACCCUGAAAAUAAUUAAAUUAAUCAAGACACCCAAACAACAAUAACUUUGAUCGUGCACCACCGCCAUGAAUUCUGAUCUCUCUGUCAUCCUCCCUCGCGUCCUCAUCGUCUCUCGACGUACCCUUCGCAAGAACAAGUUCGUAGAUUUUGUGGGUGAAUACCAUCUUGAUCUUAUAGUAGGUUAUGGAGCAGUACCAGUAAUCGUGCCCCGAGUAAAUGGGGUGCACAUGUUAUUGGACAGCUUCGAGCCCAUCCAUGGAGUUCUCCUCUGCGAAGGAGAAGACAUCGACCCGUCUCUCUACGAGACUGAGGUCGCCGUCUCAGGCCUCUCAUCUGAAGAGUUGGAGGAAAUCAGGAGGCUCCAUGCAAGCGACACAGCCAUCGACAAAGAAAAAGACUCGAUCGAAUUGAGGCUGGCGAAGCUCUGCCUGGAACGGAACAUACCCUACUUGGGAAUAUGCAGAGGUUCACAGGUCUUGAAUGUCGCAUGUGGAGGAACCCUUUACCAAGACAUCGAGAGAGAGCUCUCGAAAAAGCACUUGGAAUUUGAUGAUCCAAAAAAUGGUGUUUAUGUGCAACAUAUAAAUUAUGAAGACUAUGAUGGGCAUAGGCAUGUGGUGAAGGUGGUGGAGGAGACUCCUUUGCACCAUUGGUUUAAGGAGUCCUUGGAAUCAGGGGAACAGAAGAUGGAGAUUAGGGUUAAUAGCUAUCACCAUCAAGGCGUUAAGAAAUUAGCACAGAGAUUUGUGCCAAUGGCAUUUGCCCCAGAUGGUUUGAUUGAAGGGUUUUAUGAUCCAGAUGCAUAUAAUCCUGAGGAAGGUAAAUUUAUCAUGGGAUUACAAUUUCAUCCAGAGAGAAUGAGGAGACCAGAUUCUGAUGAGUUUGAUUACCCUGGUUGCCCAUCUGCUUAUCAGGAAUUUGUGAAGGCAGCAAUUGCUUACAAGAACAAGCUCAACAGUUCAGCUUCAGUGCCACAAUCUUUGAAGUUGGAUGGGGAAAUGGAGAAAAGGAGAAAGAAAAUUGUUAGAAGUUUCUCAAUUGCAAGAAACAUAUACACAGGAGGCCUAGGAAGUGGUAUGCAUCAAAUCAAAGAAUCUGAACUUGAAGCUGGAGCAGAAUUCCUUGAGUCCAACACAGCACUGAGCAUACAGCAGGAGAACAGACUGAAGCAAAUGGGGGCAACAGUGAGAAAUGCAGGCUCCUACAAACAGAGAUUGAAGUUGAAUGAGGAGAGAGAAAGACUGGCAAGGGAUGUGAUGGGGAAAAUGUCAGUGGAGCAGUUGUCUGAUCUGCUGGCCUUCUACCAUAUGAUGGGCAAAAUCUGUUCAGAAGUGGUGGAAAGAAAGCUGAAUGGGAUUGUCAAUGAUAUUGGUUAUUAGUUGAAUUAAUCAAAUCAUAUGUUUUGUUUGUAAAGGACUCACAUAUCACAUCACAUGAAUCUUUGGGUGAUGGGUUCCAUGUCUUAGUCUCCUUUUUACUUGUUUCUCUUGUUUUCUGUUGUUUACACAUGAAAAUAUGUCAAUAUCAACCCUUUGAGAAAUGUUUUCUCAAUUGAAUGUGAAAUAAAAAUAUGUAACUUCUGUGCA